GUUGUUAGGUUUUAAUUGUUGUGGACAUGCAAGCGUUGGACGGGGAGACAUGUCCCGUCUGCUUGAACCCUCUUGUGGAGGACACCGCGGCCUCUGUGGACAACUGCCAGCAUGUGUUUUGUCUUGCGUGUAUUCUUCAGUGGUCCAAGAUGGCCAACAUCUGUCCUGUGGAUCGGAUCCCUUUCACGUCCAUCCGUCCUGGAGGUGACGUUGGAAAGAAGAUCAAAGUAAUGGUGGUCAAAAAUGAUGAUGAAGAGGAGGGAGCCAGCGGCAUCAUUGUGUGUGAGCAAUGUGGACGCAGCGACGGCACACGUCAGCUUCUAGUGUGUAUACAUUGUGAUUCCGGGUAUCAUCAUGGCUGCUUGAGAGCUGCAUCGUUGACGAGUCCUCAAGGUGACUGGACCUGUCCCGACUGUCACAUCCUGUCUCAUCAAGCUGAGAGACUUGCAGAAGAAGAGGAGAUCAGUGAUGGAGAACUAUCAGACCUACUUGCUGAAGUCCAUGAAGAGGCAUCUACCAGCAACCGCCUCCGGCCCACCACCAUCAAUCAGUCCCGGCUCGCUGCUGCCCCUCGCCGCAGCCCCAGGAACCACACCACAACCAGCAGCAGCAGCCUCAGUGCUCACUGGCAUGUACCCAAACACUUGCUGAGGGCGACCAGGCAGUGGCAGAGCCAGAUGCACUUCCCCUCACCACCACUAGGGGAUCAAAAAUAGGAAAUAGAUUUGAGAAGAAAUGCAGGGGAUUGACCACCAAGUGGCAGCAUCUUUGCAACAGAUGCCUGCUAAAUUUGAAAGGAAUAGCUUGGAUUGUUUUACAUUAAGUUGUAUGACAUCCCCAUCAGCAGUGUCGUCCAUCACCAGUGACUUUCCCCCCCACUUGGUCCCGUGAGCUCAGUUCUGGUCGGAUUUCGGUGACAAAAAAAAAAACAUAGUUCCGGUUGGUUAUUGUGGUUACUUAAGUAAAGACAUACGUAAACAAGAUGGUGGCCAAACCAUCACAUUACAUUGGAAAUCAAGGUACCAGAGUAUGGAGGAAGAGAGGAGAGGCACAGGAUCCACACUGCUUGAGGUCCAGUGUAAAGUUUCCACAGUCGGUGAUGGUUUGGGGUCCUUAAACCAGGUACUGGUGCCAAAACUACCAGUACCUGGUUUAAGGACCAUGGUAUCCCUGUCCUUAAUUGGCCAGCAAAUUCACCUGACCUCAACCCAAUAGAAAAUCUAUGGGGUAUUGUCAAGAGGAAAAUGCUAUAGGCCAGACCCAACAAUGCAGAAGAGCUGAAGGCCACUAUCAGAGCAACGUGGGAUCUCAUAACACCUGAGGAGUGCCACAGACUGAUCGACUCCAUGCCACGCCGUGUUGCGGCAGUAAUUCAGGCAAAAGGAUCCCCGACCAAGUAUUGAGUGCUGUACAUGUUCAUACUUUUCAGUUGGCCAACAUUUCUAAAAUCCCUUUUUUAUUGGUCAUAAGUAAUAUUCAAAUUUUCUGAGACACUGACUGUGUUAUGAAUACUGUAUAUAUAAUAUACAUCCAUCCAUUUUCUAUGUCGCUUAUCCUCAUUAGGGUCGUGGGGGUAUGCUGGAGCCUAUCCCAGCUGACUUCGGGCGACAGGCGGGGUACCCCCUGGACUGGUCGCCAGCCAAUUGUAGUAUAAUAUACAUAUGUCACUUUUUGAAUGAAAUUCCUGAAAUAAAUCAACAUUUUGGUCAUAUUCUAGUAUAUUGAGCAGCACCUGUAUAUUCUACUCACAAAAAGUUUGGGAUAUGUACAACUGUUAUGUUAGAAACCAGCAAGUUGUGCGUUACGUAUUGAACGUGUUGGACGUGUGCAUUCAAAAUUAGAAGGUCAAAAUACAGUAGUACACUAUAGGUUCAUCCUGAAAUGUAUCUGAAAUAUCCUAACUUCUUGUGAGUAGUGUGUGUGUGUGUGUGUGUGUGUAUAAUAUAUAUUGUAUUUUGCAGAACUUUGCUGCUUUGUGUUUAUUGUUCACCAUUGUGGUUAUUUUUCGUUGUGUAAAAUGGCACCGUUUCACAUUAAAUGAUGCUGCUAA